UUUUUUGUUUUUUUUUACUUGCAAUAUUCCAUUUUCUUGCAUGCAUAGGUUUAGAAAUUUUUUUUUUACUUGGUGCAGAAAUUGAUCCGAUGAUCUAUAUAUGACAUAUGUUCGACAGUUCCGUGGUAGUAAUCCCAAAUAUGUCCGUGCCUGUGCCUUCUUUUGAUGGUAAACAUAUUCAGGUCACGUAAGCUGGUGGGGAAUAUUCUUUCCAAGAAGACUUUGCUUCAAAUGUUUCAACAUCUUCAUUAAUAACCUAAUAGAUGAAGAAAGUUGGAACUUUCCCAAAAGGUUUCGUGCGAAAGUUUCUCCAUCAAACGCAAAAAACAUUACAAGAGAGACGGAUAGAGAGGCAAGGUCAUCCCUUGUUCUUCGUGAUAGUAUUCCUCCCUACCUGGAAUUGCUUUGCAUAGAACAUCUUCAAGAAGCCAAGGACCCCUUCAUCCAAAAGCCUAAACUUAUAAUAACUUGAACUACAAGGAAAUCAAUCUCAACAAGAAUUCUCUUCUUCCUGUCUACCUAUUUAAAACAUGAAGGGGAUGACGUACUUGUACAACAACAUAAACCUCGAACGUAGAAAAACAGGUAGCAGCAUUCAAAAGAAAACUGAAAUUAAUGGAGGCCUCUACGUCAGGAAAAGAAGGGAUAGCAGAGAUUGUGUUCUUCGACUUGGAAACAACGGUACCCAAUAGAGGUGGAAAACGGUUCUGGGUGUUGGAGUUUGGUGCAAUUGUGGUUUGUCCGAAGAAACUCGUUGAACUAGAGAGCUACAGCACGCUCGUACGACCCAAGGAUUUGUCUGUGGUGUCGUUGAGAUCCGGACGAUGUGAUGGGAUAACUAGGGGAGUUGUCGCAAAUGCCCCGGCUUUUGAAGAUGUUGCUGACAAAAUAUUCAGUAUUCUGAAUGGUAGGGUGUGGGCAGGCCACAAUAUCCAAAGAUUCGACUGUAUUCGCAUUAAAGAAGCCUUUUCUGACAUUGGUAGGCCUGCUCCAGAACCGGUUGGGAUGAUUGAUUCUUUAGGGGUCUUAACGGAGAAGUUUGGCAGAAGAGCUGGAAAUAUGAAGAUGGCAACAUUGGCUUCUUACUUUGGGCUCGGGCAGCAAAAGCACAGGAGUCUCGACGAUGUUCGCAUGAACUUGGAGGUCCUCAAGCAUUGUGCAACGGUGCUAUUCUUGGAAUCAAGUCUCCCAAGCGUAUUGCUUGGCAAGUUGCAGGGCUCUCCCACGGUUAUAACAAGAAGUAGAGCAAAUGGAAAAUUGCCAUGCAGAGAAGAAACUAGCAGAAAAUCUCUCCCAACCUCUGCUGGAUAUCAUAGAGCAGUUCCCUAUACAAGGGGAAGUCUGGCCGGAAAGAUGACAGAAGGGGUGAGAAAUUUAUUGUGUAAAGCCCAAGGAAACCAAUUACCUCUUAACAGCCUACUCAAGCAUUCUCAUACGCUACUACGUUGAGACAGAGCAGGGCGGUUCCCAAUUUCACAUCUGCAUGUAUGUCCAUCCUUGCUUCUGCCUUAUUCGACAGACGUUCAUGCAGAAAGUACUGCCAGCGUUUGAAAAGAAAAUUAAGUUCAUGUUGAAGCUGAUCAUCAUCAUAUCCUUCGUUCGAUCGAAAUGGAGAUCAUUCUACACGUUUCAUCGAUGCUCGAUGGCGAAUGACAAGCACGUCGAAGUGUGAGCCUCCCUGUUGGGAUGCAGUACCUGAGGAUGCUGAAUCCAUCACAAAGAUGCACCUACAAAAAGCAUCAUAAUUAAUUAUUGAAAUAUGUAAAUAGUCAUUUGUAAAUAGUUAGUUAGCAGGUAGUUUGUAAACACUUACUUCAGUUGUAAAUUUAUUUGCACGUGCGGUAAUGCACAUGCACACUUACCUUGUAUAUAUAUACGAACUACUCUGUAUUUCACUUUACAUUCAUAAUACAGAAGGUUCAGUUUCUUCUUUCA